AUGAGUGCGCGCGAGGGAGCGGAUACUUCUGACAAGAAGGCUACUCAAAAAUCGUCUGGCUGGAUGAUGUUUAGAAGAAAACCGAAAAAAUGGGUCCCUCUAGAAGUAUCAAAUCCUAGAAAUUUCCAAGCCAUGCACCACGUUGCGCUUGACCCAGACAGUGAAUUGGGUUGGACGGGGCUUCCAGAAGAAUGGAUUCCUUAUCUGAAGGCAAAUAACAUCACUCAAGACAUGGCGAUUAAGAAUAAAGAUGCAAUUGCAGAUUGCUUAACCUUACUAAAUGAUCCGUACAGGCCGAUGCCUCUCCCUAACGCAGAGGAGUGGGACCGCGAAUUGGACAAAGCCUCUUUCAUUCGCAGAGAGGAUCCUUUCGAAUUCUACCACGGAAUAAAUCAGCGAAUCGGUGAAGGAGCUUCAGGCGUGGUCUAUAAAGGAACGAGCACCGAGACGGGCGAGCGCGUGGCGUUGAAAGUUUCCCCCGCGUCGGACCUGCAGAACCUGAAGAACGAGCUGGCGAUGCAGCGUCUGUGCAACCAUCCCAAUUUGGUGGGUCUUCGCGAUUGUUUUCUGUGGAAUAACCAGCUCUGGAUCGCGAUGGAGCUGAUGGACGCGGGCUGCUUGACGGAGAUUCUCGGCCAGGACAUCGACUUCAAGGAGAAAUACAUCGCGUACGUGUGCCUGAACAUCCUGCAGGCGCUGUCGUACCUGCAUCGCAACAACAAGCUGCACCGCGACAUCAAAUCCGACAACGUGCUGAUCAACUCGAAGGGCGAAAUCAAGCUCGGCGAUUUCGGCUUCGCCAUCGGGCUCACCAAGGAGCAGGACCGUCGGAAGUCGGUCGUCGGCACGCCGUUCUGGAUGGCGCCGGAGCUGAUCCGCGGCGCGGAGUACAACGGGAGCGUGGAUAUCUGGUCGCUGGGCAUUACCUGCUUGGAAAUGGCCGACGGAGAGCCGCCGUACUAUCGAGAGCCGCCGCUUCGAGCGCUGCUGCUGAUCCACACAAGCCCGCCGCCCACGGUGAAAGACCCGCUGCGCUGGUCUCCGCAGUUCCUCGACUUUUUGAAGCGCUGCUUGGAGUUGAAUCCCGUGGAAAGAGGCACCGCGAACCAGAUGCUGAACCACCCGUUCCUGAAGAUGGCGUGUAGCCCUAAGGAGUUCGCCAAUUUCGCUCUGGACAUUCUGAAUCGCCGCAGAGAGCAAUAGUCCCAAUUGCAGCAAUUGCAGAUGAUUGAGUCAAUGAAUCAUUGAAUCAAUGAAUCAAUGAAUCAAUGAUACAAUGAAUCAAUGACACAAUGAUUCAAUGAUUCAGUGACUCAGUGACUCAGUGACUCAGUGAUUUAAUAAUAAAUGAAAUGAA